UCUGUGACAGAUACGUGUAACAUAAGUGGUGCAUUUACAGCGAGCACCAAGGCCGCUGGAUUGCUUGUUGGCGAGAAUACGUGGAAGAGUCACGAGUGGCUCGUGAAAACAGUCGCGCGCAUUCGACUCCUUUUUGGGUGAUCUGAACCAUAUCUCCCACCAUGGAAAAGAGCCGCUGCAAAUUCAUAAACUCGCCGCAGUCAUGCGUUGAUGACAGUUUGCAUGGGUUUGUGGCUCUCAAUCCUGCCGUCCGAGUCCUGAAAAACUGUGGCGCUCUGAUCCGUUAUGAUUACGAGAGCCUGCCUACCACUGGCAAGGUCUGCAUAUUGGCUGGCGGUGGUUCGGGACACGAACCUGGAUUUGGAGGUUUCGUCGGCAGCGGUUUUUUAACUGCUGCAGUAUCUGGUCCGAUCUACACGUCACCAUCUUCUGAGCAUGUCCUGUGGACGCUGCGUACGUUGGGACAUAAGAACAAUGUUGGGAUUCUGGUGUUCGUCUGCAACUACACCGGCGAUCGGCUCACGUUUGGAAUUGCCGUGGAGAAAGCUCAGGCCGAGGGCAUCACUUGUGACAUGAUACUAAUCGACGAUGAUACGGCAAUUCAACAUGCACCACGGUCUACAGGAAAAAGGGGGCUGUGCGGUUCGCUCUUUAUGAUGAAGAUUGCAGGUGCAAUGUCUGAAGAAGGAAAAUCAUUGGAUGAAAUUAAAAAGUACAUAGAGACAAUCAAGCCAUUCCUGGGAACUAUAAGCGUGGGCCUGACGACCUGCGCUCUGCCGGGGAAGGAUAUCCCGCUCUUCGUUAUUCCACGGGACAAAAUGGAGCUAGGAAUGGGUGUUCAUGGUGAAGCUGGGGCCAACAGGCUGCCUUAUCUGGAUGCAAGUAGUACUGCUCGUCUCAUGAUCGAUCACUUGAGAAAUGCGAUCAAAACCUACUGGCCUGUCAAAAAGGGCGAACGUGUCGCUCUCAUGCUGAACAACAUGGGUGGUCUGACGGCCUUAGAGAUGAACAUCAUGGCAAAAGAAGUCAUAGGUUACAUUGAAAGGGCUGAAGUACACGUGUUGAGGGCCUACACAGGAUAUUACAUGACUUCCUUGGAAAGUGCUGGACUCUCUGUGAGCAUCCUGAGGGUGGACGACAAGAUGCUACGAUAUUUGGAUUUCCCGACCACUGCCCCUGCAUGGACGGUUCCUUAUUGCCCAGAAGGCUGCACCAGGUUCACACCUCCGGAGCUGGAGCCCAUCGUGAAAGUAAAAGCAGACAGCGACGAAGAGACGGGACCUGGUUAUGAACUUGGUCGUGAUGGACAGCGUAUCUUCAGAGAAGCUAUAGUGCGAGCUUGCGAUGCAGUUCUUGCACACGAGAAAGAAUUCAAUAAACUUGACAGCGAGAGUGGUGAUGGAGACUGCGGCACGACGCUUUCAGCUGGAGCAAGGGCAAUCCUGGCUUACCUGUCAAACCGGCGCACACUCAAGUACCCCGAGCAGGUGUUCCGUCAGAUGUCUCACGUUGUGGGCACUAGCAUGGGAGGCACAUCUGGAGCCAUCUACUCACUGUUGUUCUUGGGAGCCUCCAGGCCCUUUGAAAUGCUCACUGGUUUUAAUGCUUGGGUAUCAGCACUUGACAUGGGCAUGAAGCUCAUCAGUAAAUACAGCAUGGCAAAGGUUGGCGAUCGCACUAUGCUGGAUAUAUUGAAUGCAGUCCUUACCCUGCUCCAGGACUAUACCUGGUCCUCUGAACCAGAAGCACUUGCUAAACUAGAGAAACAAGCGGUAGCUGCCAUGGCCAAGGCUGUAGCAUCAACAGUGAACAUGCAUGCACAGGCUGGACGUGCUUCAUACGUCAAUCCGAGCCUAUUGAAAAAUCCCGACCCUGGAGCAAGAGCUGUCGAAGUCUGGAUGUCCUGGGUCUUCAAGACACUUGUUGCAAAUGCACCAUGAUAACCAUGCUAAUAAAUGUGUGCAGAAAGUGUGAA